GUGUCUUCUAACAUAAACACUGUAUAGUUUCAGACGCAGGCCAUAAACGAAUAUGGGGGGCAGAAAUUUCUUGAUUGCUGCAGUUCUUGUUCCUCUCGUUUGUUUCUUACUUUUUAAAUUCCAAGAUGGUGAUUUUACAUUGAUGAUUUAUGAGAGAAUCGGCCAAGAUCCAGCGGUUGCUUUGCGCGGCAAAGUGGUCUGGAUUACUGGCGCUUCGAGCGGUAUUGGUGAAUAUUUGGCUUACGAACUGGUCAAAUAUGGCUGCAAAUUAGUACUGUCUGCGAGAAGGAAGGCAGAAUUAGAGAGAGUCAAGAAGAAUUGUGCAGCCAUUGCCAUUGCUCAUGAUUCCUCAUUUAAAACAGAUCAAGAUAUUCUUGUCCUUCCCUUGGACUUGCAAAAAUUUGACACACAUGAAAAACUGACACAAGAUGUCCUCAAGCACUUUGGGAAGAUUGACAUUUUAGUGAACAAUGGUGCUAGGUCACAGAGAUCAUUGGUGGAGAAAACAUCAUUAGAGGUGGAUAGAGCACUUUUGGAUUUAAAUGUUGUUGGUACCAUCUCUUUGACCAAAGCAGUCCUCCCGUGUAUGAUUGAACAUCAUGAGGGACAGAUUGUGGUGGUGAGCAGUAUCCUGGGAAAAAAUGCGGCACCUUUUAUGGCGACUUAUUGUUCCAGUAAACACGCAUUGCAGGGCUACUUUGAUACUGCACGGCUGGAGUUGGCUGAGCACAACAUUCAUGUACAGACUGUUCUGCCAGGACCUAUCGAGUCGAACAUCACUCUUAAUAUUUUUGCUUCGAAUAUCAAUGACGGGCCUAAAGAUGCACCAAACCUACCUGAAAUAAAAAGGAUGUCAACUGAGCGUUGUGCAAAGUUAAUGGCAGUAGGAAUGGUAAACAAUUUGGAUGAAGUUUGGAUUUCAGAGAACCCGUCCCUGCUACUGGUCUACUUAAACCAGUACUUGCCAAACCUCUUUAGAUGGAUUUCUAAGAAGCUCUCUUUGGAGAUAAUAAAGAGAUCUAGACUUCCCACGGACAAGAAAUCUUCAUGAGAAAAAUCAACAAGUGAUGUAGACCAAGAAAAAUGGAAUGUAGAACAGCCAUGAAAAUGUAAUAUUACUGUAUCUCCCCCUUCCCCUCUACAUGGGAGUCCACUCAUCAGUCCUGUAUUCACAACUUAAGGUAAUUCCCCUGAAAUAAAACUGCCAAUGGAUUUUUGUUCAAACUUUGUCCAAUGAAUUUUUAU